AUGUCGAAGCUCACUACUUUAGCAAUGACAUCUCUAAUGACUAUGACCCGAAUUUACCUCCGCCCUAGAGCAUCUCCGAAGGGAUGGAAAUUGGUUUCUGAUCGCUCCAUCUCAACAUCGCAGUCUUCUGGAAUCCUGUUUCACAUGCUUAUGUCCUCGGAACUUCUCGGUCUUACCGAGCCCGAUCACGCGAUAUAUUUGAAGGCUGUGGAGCGGGUAAGCUUGCCUCUGGAGGAUUGCUGGAUGUUUGCAUCACAUCUAUAUGACUUUCAAGUGGCAAAAGGUGUCGGGAUGAAAAUGAUAUAUGUGCAUAGAACGACCGAAGGUUUCGGAGUGGAGAUCGAUCUUGAUGGCGAGCAUUUGUUCGCCGACCAAUAUUGUGAUGGAAGAGAUGGAAGUGCCGGACACGGAUUUUUAGAUAUAUCCCGAGAAUUGCUGGACAUCAACGCUGCGCAGCAGGUAUGUUGUUGUGAUUUCCAAUUCUCCUGUAGCGGAUACUUUCUCUACUUCUUGAGAUCGAGCCGUUACCCAAAUUAA